AUGUAUGAUGUGAUAGGCAAUUCCUGUUUAGCUGAAGAGCAUUUUGUCCAUAAAGAGAAAAAGGCUUUAAGAAAUGACCUAAGUUACAUAUACCCCGGAGAAGACAAUUUGCACUUACUCUAUCCAGAGGUGAAUAUCCAGAAUUUUACUACCAGCUGGAGAGAUGGACUUGCUUUUAAUGCACUCAUUCAUAAGCACAGGCCAGAACUAGUAGAUUUCGAUAAACUGAUCAAGUCAAAUGCCACGUACAACCUCCAGCAAGCCUUUAAUAUUGCAGAACAGCAUCUGGGUGUUACAAAGUUGCUAGACCCUGAAGAUGUGAACACUGAGAAUCCCGAUGAAAAAUCCAUCAUCACCUAUGUUGUAUCAUAUUAUCACUACUUUUCCAAAAUGAAAGCCUUGGCUGUGGAAGGAAAAAGAAUUGGGAAGGUGCUGGAGAAAGCUAUUGAGAUCGAUAAGAUUAUAAAGAAAUGUGAAGCCUUGGCUAGUGAUCUCCUAGAAUGGAUUGAACACACAAUCAGUGUUAUUAGCAAUCAUAGGUUUGCAAACUCCCUAUCAGGAGUGCAACAACAACUGCAAGCUUUCACCACGUACUGCACUGCGGAGAAACCCAUAAAGUAA